AUGCAAUCUUUGUAAUAGGACUCUAUUAGUAAAAGAAGUUCCUUAUAAUUAGUUGAUGAGAAAAUAGAUGAAAAUAGAAAUAAUUAUGAUCUUUAGGAGGCUAUGGUUGAAUAUUUUAAUGCGGAUGCUGCAAGCUCAAAUAAGGACAGACAAUCUUUAGAAGAUUUCUUGGACCUACCUAUAAUAAAUUCCUAACAAGGAAGAUUUCACUAAAGGAAAGGAAGAAUUACUUCCAAAAAGAAGUCAAUCAACAUUUAAUAGGAAAACAAAAUAAACAAUUAUCAAGCCGAAUAGAUAAAGAAAUAGUCAGUAGAGAUAUAAAUUAAGGAUUUAAAAAAGCAGUAAAAAAGGGAGAGAUAAAUAUUCAAUGCUGUUUAUGAGAAUUUCGUUCAUAAAGAGAAUUAACAGCUCUAAGAUCUACCUCUUAGUUAAAUAGAUUAAAAUUUUGUUCAAUUGAAACAGCAAGAUAAUCAUAAAAUUUAAGAAACUAUUAGUGCUGCUUCUUCACAUUUUAUAGAGAGUUCAAUAGAUGAUCCUUAUAAAUAAAAAUAGCAGAACAAUUAUGUAAACGAUAACAAUUAAAUAGAGUAAAAAUAAUAUGAAAAAGUUGAAGAUCUAAGAAACUUAAAACUGGAUAAUAUUUAACAUGAAGCUCCUCUACUUACAAAAAAGAAAAAUUUACCUCCUAAGAGUGCUAAAUCUGUAAAAAAUAUGGUCUAAGAUAAUGAUUAAGCUAUAAAAUAAAAUAUGGAUAACUAGUAUAAUUACUCCUAUCAAUACACUUUAAACAAAGUAUCUUAAAUUUACAAUAUUCCUAUUAGCACAGUAAACAAUAAUCAAGGACUACAAAAGAAUAAAAAGAAGAAUUAACUACUAAUUAAAAUGGCUCCUGCAGAUAUUAAUUCUCGUCCAAAUAGUAGUGGAAAUAUCAGUACACUAAAUAUCUCUGAGAUAUAAGUCAAGAAUAAUAAAAACAUAAACAAUUUAUCUUAGAAAUCUCCUGUAUAUUAACAAAAAACACAAGAAACACUCAAGAUAGUUAGAAAAGUACCAGGCACUUCUAGCUCAAAUAAUAUUUAAACUAAUGGAAAGAAAAAUGUUUUGCAUAGCUUCUUCUCAAAAAAUUAAAUAAAUGCUUAAAAAUUGGGGAAUGAUGCAUAAAAUAAUUAUAUUAAUGCUAAUAAACAACCUAAUUCUCAUGGUUCUUUAAUAAAACUUCUAUAAAAAGAUUAAUAUACAACAAAUUAUUUGUCAAUAGAUUCUCCAACGAAAUAACACUAGCAAUAAUUAUUUUCUUCUAGAGUAAAGUAAAACACGAACUAAAAAAAUAUUUUAACCACGCUUAAUAAGGGUGAUCUGAAAAUAAAUCCUAACGAUUAAGAAUUCAGUAAGAAGGCGAAUAAUUUAUAAGAUCAUUAAAAAUAUAAUAGCGCUUAGACUAAUGAUAUCAUUUUUUCAAAUAUUCAGCCAAACAAUGAUGAUAUUCCUAAAAUAAAAUUUACCUCCAAAAAUAAUUUUGAUGAAACAAUAAAUCAGGAAGGAGAUAUCUAGGAAAUUGAGGACAUAGAAAGCAUUCCUACAAGCAUUACAAAUGCAUAAUUAAUUGCUAGUAAUAAGAGCAAUAACGCCAAUAGCAAUAACAAUAAUUAAAAUAUUUUUUCAAAGAAGAAGGAGGAUGAUAAAUCUUCACUCAAUAAAGUUUAUCAAUUUUAUGGGACAAUAAGAGAAGAUGAAAAUGAGGAUUUAGAUUAAACGCCUAUGCACGGAAACAAUAUAUUUGCGAAAAUUAAUAAAAAAAAGAGAGAGGAGUUAGACAAAUAAAUAGAAGAAGAAAUAUUUGAAGAGUCCCAACAAAUUUAAAAUCUUAAUUUAGAUAUCGAGAGUAGUAGUUAAGCAAUUACACCAUUAAAUUCCUCUACCCUAAACAAUUCAAACCAAAUAAAAAAUUAGUAAAAUAUUUUUAUUAGACCAGUUAAAUCUAAAUUUUAGAGAUUGAGCCCAGUUACAAGUCCAAAAAGAAGCAAAAGAGGCAAAAGUGUUAAUUCAGAUAACAACACCGACUAGAGCUUCAGUGCAUAAAAUGGUGUCUUUGAAGAAUCAAUGAGUAUGGACAGUAGUAUGAGUUCAGAGUUUUAAUUUUAGGGAGGGAUUGUUAAUUGCUUACAGCAUAACCCUCAAAAAGACUAAACUCCUAUGCGCUUAUCUUAAAAUAUCUUAGAUGAUCUAGAAUUAAUAGAAGAAAAUAAUACUGAAACUGAAGAUAUUAAAAAGUCCUCUCUUACUAAAGAUAAUUUAUAGAAACUAAUAUUACAUCAGCAACUAACUGAUUCUUAGACAAAUAAAAUGCAAAAUUAAUAGCAAAAAGAAGAAAAUUAACAUGAUAAAUAGUAUGAUAAAAUGAAUUAAUCAGAAAAGAUAGCUGAAAUUAAUAAAAUUCAAAAGGACAAAGAAAUAGAAAAAAAGAAAUUUGAAGAGGAAGAAAAGUAAAAGUUAUUUUUAUAGCAGAUGGAGCUAGAGAGAUAAAGGUAAAUGCACAAAGAAUGUUAUCAAAAGCUGCAAAAAGAAAAAUAACUUCUAAUUAUGGAUAAGAUAGAUCACGAAAAGCUAAGGGUGUAAAUAUAAAACACUCAUCACUACAAAAACAAAGAAGAGGAGCAAUAAUACUAUAAAUAUCAUCAAUAUUAGCUCACUAGAUUGAAACAAAUAGAAAAUUAAAUUGAUAUAAAGCAAAGGAACAUUUAUGAUUUAGAUGCUUAGCUCAGUUACAUCGAGUUAACAGAAAAUAACAUUUUUAAAGAAAUUUAAUUUAUCUGUAGUGUUAUAGGUUAUGAUAUUAACAGACUGAAUCUCCCUAGUUAAAUUAAAAGCUACAUUAAUCUUGAUGAUGGAGGAUCCACUCCUAAAACGCCUCAAGUCUUUUAGAAAAAACCAUCCUUUAUCAAACAAUCUGAUAAGAAUACUAACUCUGAGAGAAUAGUUUCGCCAAAAUAAAAAUUUAUAGUCAACAAUAAUAGCUAGCCUGAUUAAAGCACGAUUGCUCUACCUAUUUCUAUUUAGCAUAAAUCAAAGAGUUCAUCUGACAUACUAAAAGAAGGUUGGCUCUAUAAAAAAAGUCCUUCAAUAUUUAAGGGAUGGAAGAUGAGAUAUUUCGUACUUACCACAAGUAAAAUAUGCUAUUACAAAGAAGCUUAAAAGAAGAGAAUAAGAGGUUGCAUUAACUUUAAAAUAGCCGAUGCUUAAAUUAAAGAUAUUGAUGGAGAUAGAUUCAGUAUAGAAAUUGAUGGAUACAAAAGAAAAUUCGAACUAAAGUCAAACUCAAAAGUGUCUUCUCAAGAAUGGGUUAAUUUGAUAAAUCUAGUAAUAGAAGAAAACAGUGAGAUUAAAAAACCAAUUAUAUAAACUAUAAAAAUGGGUCAUUAUUUUAAAAAUGAUCUAAUGACAGAAAAUGAAUUCUUAGAGUACAUUGAAUCAGGAGAUAUUUUGCUAUUUGAAACAAACAACAUAGCAGCUAAGUUUUAGAGAAAAAUUACAGGAAGCAAAUAUGAUCAUGUUGCUUUAUGUGUUAAAAUGUAAGAUGAAAUAAGAAUUUUUGAUUCUACUAGUGAUGAUGGUGUUUCUUUGACAGAGUGGAAAGAGUAUAUAUUCAUAAAUGAUUUAUAUGAAAAAGUAACAGUAAGAAAGCUAUAGAAUGUUGAUAGGUAGUAUAUAGAAGAGAAUCUUUAUACCUUUAUAUUAGAAAAUAUUGGAAAAUCGUAUUCUUUUAACUUUAAAAAGCUGAUUAGCUACUGCCCAAAAAGCAAUAGAGAUGCUUUAGGUAGAGAAAAAGAUCCUUAAGAAUACUUUUGUUCAGAAUUGGUAGCUAAAUUUUUGAAAAAUGUAGACCUUCUUCCUCAAGACAAAGCAGCUAGCUCCUACUGGCCAAUUUCAUUCUCACAAUAGAAAAAUUUAUAACUGCUCUUAGGAGCUUAUUUGGGUGAUGAAGUAACGAUAGUAUUAGAUAAGCACAGAAACAAAAUGAAAGAAAAGAAAAAAGAAAUUAGAAGUGUUUCAAGUAUGGGAAAAAAUAAUUGA